AUGGUAAAUGCUAAUUUGCUACUGUUAUUUUUCCGUGACUCUGAUCCCAAACUUCGCUUUGAAGCUCUCAAGAAGCGCAGGAGAGGGGGGCGUGGGCGCAGGGCUCGAGACCCGUCUCGGUUCCUUACGGAGGCGCCGCAAUGCGCCCAGUGGCCGCACGGGGGUGAAGCAGCACUGGGCCUGCGCUUCGGGGCGAGCGCAGCUCAGGGCUGGCACAUAGAGGACGAGCAUUGCGCAUGGCUCACGUUACCCUGGUGUUCCUGGGCUGGGCUUUUUUUUUUUUUUUUUUUUUUUUUUGCUGUCCUCGACCGCCAAGGCAGAGCGCGAGCAGCCCUCUUCAGCGCAAGCCACUUGCCGGGCCACGUGCUUGAGGCGUUGGGCCCGGCUCCUGACCAGCCCAAGGGCCUGUGCAGGACGCUUCGCCGUGCCUUCUUGAGCACAGACGCACCCCUGCGCUCGCUCUGGCCACGUGGCGAGCCAGGCGGCUCUACCGCGGUGGCGUUGCUCGUUUUCCCGAGAUUUCUGUACCUGGCACACUGCAGUGACUUUUGCGCGGUGCUGAGCCUCUCCGGAGCUGUGGCCUUCGUCACCGAGGACUAUCGGCCCCUCCAGCCCCAGGAACUCGAACGUAUCCAAGACGCGGGCCGCACCAUCUGCCGCCGGCGUCUCGAGGGCUCUUUGGCAGUGUCACAAGCACUGAGCAAUUACAAAGAGGCUCCGGGAAGGCCUCCUGAGCUGCAGCUUGUUUCUGCGGAGCCUGAGGUGACCGCCCUGGCACGGCGUGCGGAGGACGAGUUCAUGCUCCUGGCCUCGGGUGUGUAGGACUAGAUGUUUAGCGCUGCCCUGGCAGCACUGGUGACAUCACGCCUCUGCUUGGGCCUGGCCCCAGAGCUUCUCUGCCCGCAGCUGUUGGACUCCUGCCUGUGCAAGGGCUUGAGCCUGGACAACAUGACCUGCAUCCUGGUCUGCUUCCCAGGGGGGAACACUAGGCCUUGUGAGGAGGCGAUCAGGAAGGAGCUAGCAUUGGAUGAAGCCCUGGGCCGGCAGACUCUAGAACUGUGUUCCUCUGCCCAGGAGUCCCCAAGCCUGAACCCGGUUUUCAGGACUCUGGCCUCUGAGGACAUCCCGGAUUCACCUCCUGGGGGAGGGCUCUACUGCAAGUGAGUCUGGGUGGGUUGGGGUAGAAAGUGGGAGAGGUGGCCAGAAAAGUGUCCCCUCCUGAGGGCCUGUCUGCUCUCCAGGACAGCUGUCAUUGCUGAAGCUUAUUCUCAGUUCUUCUGGACCUCAGGGGAGUGCUGAGAGAAGGUGCAGAAUGGGGCUGGGAAGGCCACUGGCACCCCUUCAAGCUCCGCCGUGGCCUUCCAGGCCUGAUAGCUGUCACCCUUUGGGGCCCCAGUGGAACUUAGACACCUCCCCCUCCCCCGCUACGCAGAGCAGCCGAUGGAGGAACCCCAGAAUGUUUAUUUCCCCUUCUCCUACUUCCCUCUCACAAAAAGGCUUAUGAGAGAGGAAAUUCCACCCACCAUCUAGACAGAAAAAAAAAAACCCAAAAACCCCAAACCGAAUGUUUGUGAAAUAUUUAGAGCUGAACAAACGAUGAAAGAUCACCCCGUUCAAUCACCUCUUCCCUUUCCCUUUUUCAUCAGUUUUGGGUAGGAGG